CUCAGAUUUAAGUUAACUUAUAGGAAGAGACGCGGCAUUGAAUUUCUCACCCCCAAUCUGUUUUUUGGCAACCUCAAAAAUGCCGUGUUAUUCCGUUCCCCACCGUCAUGGCACAUCGGCGACUUACACAAGAUGGCUCCUCCGGAAGCGCCAUUUAUUGGUUUUUACAUCUUUCAUAAGCCGUGUCUACUAUUACGGGAUCCAGAAAUAAUUAAACAAAUCAUGAUCAAAGACUUCGAUACUUUCACCGAUCGCUACUUUGCUGGCUUCCAUCAGAAGGACAGUAUGGGCAUGAAAAAUUUGUUUGGCAUAAAGAAUCCGACCUGGAAAUAUGUGCGGUCUAAGAUCAACCCUACUUUAACGAAGAGCAAGUUGAAAAAUAUGUUUCCAUUGAUGAUAGAGAUUACAGAGCCAAUGAUGAAAUAUAUAAACGAUCAACUAAAUAAUCAAGAAACUGUAAAAGUGUUGGAUGCUCAAAAUAUUUAUUAUAAGUGUACAACUGAUCUGAUCGCUUCAAUAGCGCUCGGUACUAAAAUAGACUCUUUUUAUCAUCCAAACGAAUUUACGGAUGCAAAUACUUUUUUUUAUUUAAAGUAACUAAUUAAAGAUUAGUCUUAUUUGACCAUAUCUGAAUCUUUGUACUAUUUUUUAAUAAUUUUAUUUAUGAUGAAAUAUCUGGAAGAUCAACUGGUUAAUCAGGAAACAAUGUUAGAUGUUCAAGAUAUUUAUUACAAAUAUUAGUUAAUCAGGAAACAGUGUUAGACGUUCAAAAUAUUUAUUACAAAUUAUAUGUUAAAUAUGUAUUAUAUUUAUAAAAUUUCAAUAUUGAUCACU